CGGGUCUCCACUUCUUAGCCGCACCUCCCAUGACAGCGCCCGCGCGAAGAUGGCUGCGAAGGGCGCACACAGCUCCCACCUGAAGGUAGAGAGCGAGCUGGAGCGCUGCCGCGCCGAGGGCCUCUGGGACCGCAUGCCCCAGCUGGUCCGGCAGAUGAGGGCGCUGGUCCUGCCCAGUGGUGGAGGCAGCCGGAGAGCCAUCUCGAGCGCCUUAUUCACCCCUCCGGACACCGAUGACUUUGGAAAAUUGCUCCUGGCUGAGUCCCUCCUGGAGCAGUGUUUGAAGGAGAACAAUGCCAAGAUAAAAGACUCCAUCCCUUUGCUGGAGAAGAAUGAGCCAAAGAUGAACGAAGCCAAAAACUAUCUGAGUAGUAUCCUCAACCAUGGGAAGCUGUCGUCAAGGUACAUGUGUGAGGCCAUGCUGAUCCUGGGCAAGCUGCAUUACGUGGAGGGCUCCUACCGGGAUGCCAUCAGCAUGUAUGCGAGGGCCGGGAUCGAUGACAUGUCCAUGGAGAACAAGCCCCUGUAUCAGAUGCGGCUGCUGGCAGAGGCCUUUGUCAUCAAAGGCCUCUCCCUGGAACGCCUCCCCAACUCCAUCGCUUCCCGCCACCGCAUGACUGAGCGGGAGGAGGAAGUGAUCACCUGCUUCGAGAGGGCCUCCUGGAUCGCGCAGGUGUUCCUGCAGGAAUUGGAGAAGGUCACUAAUAACAACACGUCGCGGCACCUGAAAGGCUCCCACCCCGUUGACUAUGAGCUCACCUACUUCCUGGAAGCUGCCCUGCAGAGCGCUUACGUGACAAACCUGAAGAAGGGGAACAUCGUGAAAGGCAUGAGAGAGCUCCGGGAGGUCCUACGGACUGUGGAGACCAAAGCAACUCAGAACUUCAAAGUGGUGGCGGCCAAGCACCUGGCGGGGGUCCUGCUGCACUCCCUGAGCGAGGAGUGCUACUGGAGCCCCCUGUCCCAGCCUCUGCCUGAGUUCAUGAAUAAAGAGGAGAAUUCCUUCAUCAUGCAAGCCCUGCGCAAGCCUCACCUCUACGAAGGAGACAACCUCUACUGCCCAAAGGACAACAUCGAGGAAGCCCUCCUGUUGCUCCUCAUCAGCGAGUCCAUGGCUACUCGGGAUGUGGUGCUGAGCCGGGCGCCAGAGCAGGAGGAGGACCGGGCGGUGAGCCUGAGGAAUGCGGCGGCCAUCUACGACCUCCUGAGCAUCACGCUGGGCAGGAGGGGACAGUACGUCAUGCUCUCGGAGUGCCUGGAGCGAGCCAUGAAGUUUGCAUGUGGAGAAUUUCACCUUUGGUACCAAGUGGCCCUCUCCAUGGUGGCGUGUGGAAAGUCGGCCUACGCCGUGUCGCUGCUACGGGAGUGUGUGAAGCUGCGGCCCUCGGACCCCACCGUGCCCCUGAUGGCCGCCAAAGUCUGCAUCGGGUCCCUGCGCUGGCUGGAGGAGGCGGAGUGCUUUGCCAUGAUGGUGAUCGACCGUGGGGAGGAAGCUGGGGAGUUCCUCUCCAAGGCCUACCUGGCGCUGGGUCUCACCUACAGCCUGCAGGCCAGCGACGCGACUCUGAAAUGCAGGCAGGAUGAGUUGCACCGGAAAGCACUGCAGACACUGGAGAGAGCCCAGCAGCUGGCGCCUGGCGACCCCCAGGUCAUCCUCUAUGUCUCCCUGCAGCUGGCCCUCGUCCGACAGAUCUCCAGCGCUAUGGAGCAGCUGCAGGAGGCCCUGAAAUUGUGCAGGGAUGAUGCCAAUGCCCUCCACCUGCUGGCUCUCCUCUUCUCCGCCCAGAAACACUACCAGCUUGCGCUGGACGUCAUCAACAUGGCCAUCACGGAGUACCCCGAGAACUUCAACCUGCUGUUCACCAAGGUGAAGCUGGAACAGGUACUGAAAGGCCCAGAGGAAGCCCUCGUGACCUGCAGACAAAUGCUGCGACUGUGGCAGGCCCUGUACAACUUCUCCCAGCUGGGAGGCCUGGAAAAGGAUGGCAGCCUCGGCGAGGGCGUCAUGCUGAAGAAGCAGAGUGGCAUGCACCUGAUUCUGCCGGAUGCCCAUGAUGCAGACUCCGGCUCUCGGCGGGCAUCGUCCAUCGCAGCCUCGCGGCUAGAGGAGGCCAUGUCGGAGCUGACCAUGCCCAGCUCUGUUUUGAAACAGGGCCCCAUGCAGCUGUGGACCACGCUGGAACAGAUCUGGCUCCAGGCUGCUGAGCUGUUCAUGGAGCAGCAGCACCUCAAGGAAGCCGGUUUCUGCAUCCAGGAGGCAGCAAGCCUCUUCCCCACCUCGCACUCGGUACUCUACAUGCGGGGCCGGCUGGCCGAGAUGAAGGGCAGCUUGGAGGAGGCCAAGCAGCUGUACAAGGAGGCGCUCACGGUGAACCCCGAUGGCGUGCGCAUCAUGCACAGCCUGGGUCUGAUGCUGAGUCGGCUGGGCCACAAGUCCCUGGCCCAGAAGGUGCUGCGGGACGCCGUGGAAAGGCAGAGCACCUGUCACGAGGCAUGGCAGGGCCUGGGCGAAGUGCUGCAGGCCCAGGGCCAGAGUGAGGCCGCCAUUGACUGCUUCCUCACCGCCCUGGAGCUGGAGGCCAGCAGCCCAGUGCUGCCCUUCUCCAUCAUCCCCAGAGAGCUCUGACACCCCCGCAGCAGCAGGGAGGGAGGCCGGUGGGGGGGGGGGGGGGGGGGCAGGCAGGAAGCAGGGAGCAUGGGUUGGGGGAGGAAUUGGACCUCAGGGAAAUACAUCUCUAGGGAACACUUCUGCAAGCUGCAGUCCUAGUUCUCCUCGCCUCCCCCGCCCCACCCUGCAUUCCCUCCUGGGCCAGCUGGGUCUGGGAGCUGCUCAUCGAGCUGGGUGGACCAGAUUUGCAUCAAAAGCAAAUUCCUUGCUCUUUGGGACUCAGACAUUGUGGCAUUUAUGAGCAAGGAAGUAGCUGGGAGGCCACAUCCACAUGGGGGCCCCUCCCCAGAGUGUCUGUGCAGCAUCUAAAUGUGUGGUCAGGUCUGUGUGGCUUGGUUACCUCCCCACCUGGAAACCCCUAUCCCAUACCUGCCACCCUCCCUCAACAUCCCUUACCCUUGAUUUCCGGCUUUGCACCAGCUUUAGUCUCGAACCUCAGCUCUCUGCUCUCCAGCACCAAAGACGAACCCUGCGAGCUGCCCUCUGGCUGGGCCAAGGGUUUUCCUGGCUUCCUUCCGUGGCGCCUCGCGAGAGUCACGGUGACUGGAGUUGCUCCUUGAGAGCCUCACAGCUGUCCUUCACCCCCCUGUGCCUCUGUGCCUUGGGGAGCCCGCAGCCCUGGUCCCAUGCCCCAGUCUCAGGACAGGGUUUUGGAUCACUCUCAGGUCUUGCCCAGAGCAGUCACAGCUUGACUUGACUGGCAAGUGGGAAGAAGAUGGACCGCUGGGUUCCUCUCCCAGGCUGAGUCAGUGGGUAAUGCCUGGCGUUGACCUUUGCCUGACGAGGCCAGUUGGGGUCCACUGUGCACCCCUCUGCUGCCAGGUGGCCUUGUGGCCAGCGACACAGCACUGGCCUUAACUAACCUUCCAUUUCCAUCCAUCUCCAUCUUCCUGGAAACACCCCAGCUGAAGCAGCCUGCUUAGACCCCAGGCCACAGCCCCAGGAUGGGCCUCAGGACAGAAACGUGGCUGCUGGACCCAGCCCUUUCUAGUAGCUUACGUCAGCACAUUCCUUCGAGCCUUACCUUUCUGGGCAACAGGUACAAUGCACGUCACUCUGGUGAUGGGAGUCUCUAGGACUGUCCCAGCUCAUCUCACCACCCACAACCCAUUCCUCAGGCUUUCUUGGGCAACCCAAGCCCCACCCUGGCCAUUUGGUUGUCUCUGCCCGGCACCUCCUAACUGGUUGAACAGGCCUCUGGAUACUAGAUACCUAUGUCUGCAGGGGUCCUGGGUGCUGGUGGUGGGAAAAAGGAAACAGGACAAAGCAAAUACCAUUGAAUUGCCUUGGGGGCCCCAAAGAUGUUUCCUGCUGCUCCCCUCCCCCAGCCUGCUGCAAGAUGCUCCUGGGAUUCUCCCCAAGAAUUUGCCCCCCUCCCACACAGGCCUAUCAGGGGCAUUCUUUUUUUAUCAGCACUUUGGGUUUUAGUUUUAAAGCUCUAGGUACAUCUCUCAUUUUAAGAUGUGUGGAAAGGCCAGGCAAGGACUGCCCGGGUCUGUCAUAGCCCGGUCUCUCUGUGGGAGACCCACCCUCCUCACUACACUGGCUCAGCACUGCACCCCCAGGUGCUUCCCAGGGAGAGCCUGCGCCUCCUGGCCUCCGGCAGGUGAGCAACGCUGCGGAGAGCAGCAGAUCCUCUGCCACUUGGUUGAAGGAUCUCAAUAUAUGUAAGUGUGUGUAUAAAUAUAUAUAUAUAUAUAUGAUAGAGCUCUAUUUUUAUUCUGGAAUUCUGUUAGGAAAAAAAAGGACACAGGACAAAGCAAAUACCAUUGAAUUGCCUUGGGGGCCCCAAAGAUGUUGGUAGUCAGUUCUCGGUAAUAAGAAAGGCACCAAAUGCAUUUUGAUUGUAUGCCCUCAGAGGAGGUCUUAGCGGGCUGGGCCAAGUUGCUGACAGUUUGCUGAUUGAAUAAAGAGAUCCCUGAAUGGGGAAGCAGGUU